AUGAAGUUCUCCAGGCGCAUCGGGGCAACCGCCCUGGCGGCGUCGUUGUCUCUGCAACAAUGUGCCGCACAAAUGACCGCCGGAACCUACACCGAUGAGAAGACGGGUAUCACCUUCAACACGUGGGAGGCUACCUCCGGAGCUGCCUUCACCUUCGGUAUGGCCCUGCCUGCGGACGCCUUGACCACGGAUGCCACUGAGUACAUUGGUCUCCUGCGCUGCGCGGUUGCUGAUGCCUCUGCCCCGGGAUACUGCGCCAUCUCCCACGGCCAGUCCGGCCAGAUGUCGCAGGCGCUGCUGCUCGUCGCCUACGCCAGCGAGGGCACCGUCUACACCUCGUUCCGCUACGCCACCGGCUACACCCUCCCGCCGCUCUACACGGGCGACGCCAAGCUGACCCAGAUCUCGUCCACCGUCAGCGACACCGGUUUCGAGGUGCUCUUCCGCUGCGAGAACUGCUUCGCCUGGGACCAGGACGGCGCCACUGGCAGCGUCUCGACCACCGCCGGAAACCUCGUCCUCGGCCGUGCCGCCGCCAAGACCGGCCUUGAGGGCGCCUCCUGCCCGGAUACCGCCACCUUCGGCUUCCACGACAACGGCUUUGGACAGUGGGGUGCCGCUCUCGAGGGUGCUCCUUCGGAAUCGUAUGAGGAGUGGGCCGCUCUGGCCACUACCACCCCGGAGACCACCUGCGAUGGCUCCGGCGGCCCUAUUGCCGAAUGCAAGGCGGCGCCUGAGACCACCUAUGAUUACAUCGUUGUUGGCGGUGGUGCCGGUGGUAUCCCCGUUGCCGACAAGCUCAGCGAGGCCGGCCACAAGGUUCUGCUUAUCGAGAAGGGACCCCCCUCGACCGGCCGCUGGAAGGGAACCAUGAAGCCCGACUGGCUUGAGGGCACCGACCUUACCCGCUUUGACGUUCCGGGCCUGUGCAACCAGAUCUGGGUUGACUCCGCCGGCAUUGCCUGCACUGAUACCGACCAGAUGGCCGGUUGCGUCCUGGGUGGCGGCACUGCUGUCAACGCUGGUCUGUGGUGGAAGCCCAACCACUUGGACUGGGACGAGAACUUCCCCAAUGGCUGGCACUCUAGUGACGUUUCCGCUGCGACCGAGCGCGUCUUCAGCCGUAUCCCGGGUACCUGGCACCCGUCGGUUGACGGUGAGCUGUACCGCCAGGAAGGGUUUGAGGUCCUCUCCGGCGGCCUUGCCGAAUCUGGCUGGACCUCGGUCGUUGCCAACGACGAGCCCAACUCCAAGAACCACACCUUUGCCCACAGCCACUUCAUGUUUGCCGGUGGCGAGAGAGACGGCCCGCUGGCUACCUACCUCGUUUCGGCUGACGGCCGUGACAACUUCGACCUGUGGACCAACACUGCCGUCCGCCGCGCCGUUCGCAGUGGCAGCAAGGUCACUGGUGUUGAGCUGGAGUGCCUGACUGAUGGCGGCUACAGCGGCACCAUCAAGCUUAAUGAGAAGGGCGGUGUCAUCUUCUCCGCUGGUGCUUUCGGCUCGGCCAAGCUCCUCCUCCGUAGCGACACUAACACCUCCCCUCCCAGACGCCAUGACCCUCAGCCAGUACCUCGGCCGUGGUGUCGUCUCGCGCGGCCGCAUGACCAUCACCGAAAGGCCUGGCCACGGUCGUCAAGGAGCACCCCUACCUGCACGACGACUCGGAUCUCGAAGGCCGUGAUCCAGGGCAUCAAGAACGUGCAGAACGCGCUCAACGUCAUCCCCAACAUCACCUGGGUCCUGCCCCCGCCCGAGGGCUCCGUCGAGGACUACGUCAACGGCCUGGCCGUCGGACCCUCCAACCGCCGCGCCAACCACUGGAUGGGCACCGCCAAGCUGGGCUCGGACGACGGCCGCAACGGUGGUACCGCCGUUGUGGAUCUGGAUACCAAGGUCUAUGGUACCGAUAACUUGUUCGUGGUGGAUGCGUCCAUCUUCCCGGGCAUGUCGACCGGCAACCCGUCGGCCAUGAUUGUUAUUGUGGCUGAGCAGGCUGCGCAGCGCAUUUUGGCUGUGCGGUCGUAG